GCGGCGAGGGGGCUGUGGCCCCCAGCCCGCUCCUGGCCAUGCCACAAUCCUUGAUUAUUAUUUUUUUGGCUUUGUGGGGAAAGGCCCUGAUCCAUUAAGCCUGUGAUGUUGCCACAUCCUGUGAAAAAAAAGCGUCCCCGUGAACCUAAGCCCACCCCACCGGCUGACCCAGGACAUCCUGUGCGCUUCCCUGAAGUGGUCCUCUGCCUGGUAGAAAAAAGGAUGGGCGCGACCCGCAAGGCCUUCCUCACUACCCUGGCCCGCUCCAAGGGCUUCUGUGUAGAGGAUGCGAAGAGUGAGAGGGUGACCCAUGUGGUGUCAGAGGGCAACUCUGGAGAUGAGGUGGUCAAGUGGCUGAAGAGGAAUGGGAACUGCUACAUGGAUGCUGUGGGGAGCGGCCCGGCCCUUCUAGAUCUCAGCUGGUUCACCGAAAGCAUGAGCGCAGGACGGCCGGUGGAGAUCAAACGCAAGCACUGCCUAGAGGUGACUGCCCAUGCAGAGAAGCUGGAAGGCGACAGCCAGGUGGCCGCGUAUGCCUGCCAGCGCCGAACGCCGCUCACCCACAACAAUGCAGCGCUCACGGAAGCUCUGGAAACCAUGGCGGAGGAGGCACACUUCUGUGGCAGUGAAGUACGCAGCCUGGGCUUCACCAGAGCUGCCUCGGUGCUCAAGGCCUUAUCCUGGGCUGUCAGGAGAGUGCAGGAACUGAGCGGCCUUCCCUGCAUAGGGGAGCAUUCCAAGAGAAUCAUCCAGGAAAUGCUGGAAGAUGGCAUGUCUGCCGAGGUGGAGGGAGUCCGGCAGUCUGACAGAUACCAGACUAUGAAGCUCUUCACAAAGAUCUUUGGCGUGGGGGUGAAGACAGCCAGCCGGUGGUAUCAGGAAGGGCUGAGGACCCUCGCUGACCUGCAGGUACAUCGCACAAAGCUGAACAAAGAACAGCAAGCUGGGCUCCUUCAUUACAAGGACCUCAACACCCCGGUGGAACGCCCCGAAGCGGAGGCCAUCGCCCAGGUGGUUCAAGAGGUGGCUGAGCAGCUGUUGCCUGGGGCCUCCGUCACUCUGAUUGGUGGCUUUAGAAGGGGAAAACGGAGCGGCCACGAUGUGGACUUGCUCAUCACACACCCUGCGGAAGGCCAAGAAGCGGGACUGCUGAGCAAAAUCAUUGGCUGGCUGGAGAGCCAGGACUUCUUGCUGUAUCACAGCAGCCGCAGAAACACUUUCCAGUACUUCGAAGAGGAAGAAGAGCAGGAGAUCAGCAGUAGCGCAAGCGGGAUGGACCGUUUUGAGCGAUGUCUCUCCAUUUUCCGCCUUGGCAACUGCCCUGGGGCUGUUCAAGGAGGCGCUGGGGCUCAGAAGCCUGGAGCAUCCGGCUCCUGGAAGGCUAUAAGGGUGGACUUCGUUGUGGCCCCCUGCAGUCAGUUUCCAUUUGCUUUGCUGGGUUGGACCGGCUCAAAGAAUUUCGAACGGGACCUGAGGCGUUUCUCCAAGCAAGAGAAGAAGAUGACUCUCAACAGCCACAGCCUCUAUCACAUGGAGCAGAAAACGUUUCUGUCUGCUGCCUCCGAGGAAGAAAUCUUCCAGCAUUUAGGUUUGGAGUAUAUCCCCCCUGAAGAAAGAAACGCCUGAACCCCCUCAUCGUGGGAAUAACCCUCUCGGUCCUAUGAAUUCACAACCUCUUCCGAAGAUACGGGAAUGACGUGGCCACUCUCUUCCCCUUGACCUGCUCACAUCUUUUCAUGAACUUUCGGGAUCACCUGUUGCUGUGGCUGCAAAGGCUGCCUGUUGUCUUUUCCCCCCACUGAUUCAGAAAUAGUUAGGAUGGAGCAGAGAUUACAACUCACUUCCUGCUGCAGGUCUGCAACCCAUUCCCGGAUGAUGCCCGUCGAACUUAAGAAAAUUAAACAAGCACUUCUUUUUCUA